AUGAGCGCACAACCAUCAACAUCGUCGGGUGAAAUCGAUCAACGUCGUAAGGAUUCUCUUACAGCGUACCGUGAAAAAAUGCGGCAACAUGAGCAUAUUAGCCAAAGUUUAAAGAACUUGCGCUUCUCACUUCGCGAUCUUGAGAAGGAGUACGAUAAGACGGAGAACGAUAUCAAGGCCGUCCAGUCUGUUGGCCAGAUCAUUGCGGAAGUCCUCAGACAGCUUGAUGACGAUCGCUUCAUUGUUAAAGCUACGUCUGGCCCGCGCUAUGUCGUGACAUACCGGCCCGCUGUCCCUGCAGAGAAGCUGAAGCCCAAUACCCGUGUUUCCCUUGACAUGACAACCCUCACUAUUAUGCGUAUCCUUCCUCGUGAAGUUGAUCCACUCGUUUACAAGAUGAGUCUUGAAGAUCCAGGAGGGGCUUCGUUCGCAGGCAUCGGUGGUCUCGGCGACCAGGUCCGAGAACUGAGAGAGGUCAUCGAACUCCCCCUCAUGAGCCCUGAGCUCUUCCUGCGCGUGGGGAUCAAACCACCCAAAGGUGUUCUUCUCUACGGUCCCCCAGGGACGGGGAAGACCCUCCUUGCUCGUGCAGUUGCCGCUACUCUCAACACAAACUUCCUCAAAGUCGUCUCCUCCGCCAUCGUUGACAAAUAUAUAGGAGAAAGUGCACGUGUCGUCCGCGAAAUGUUUGGAUACGCCAAAGACCACGAGCCUUGUGUCAUCUUCAUGGAUGAAAUUGACGCUAUUGGCGGAAGGCGUUUCUCAGAGGGUACUAGUGCGGAUCGUGAAAUUCAGCGGACGCUCAUGGAGCUGCUUAACCAAAUGGACGGGUUCGACACUUUGGGCAAGACGAAGCUCAUCAUGGCUACAAACAGGCCAGACACGCUCGACCCUGCCCUCCUUCGUCCAGGUCGACUUGAUCGAAAGAUUGAGAUCCCCCUACCUAACGAGCAAGCCCGUCUCGAAAUCCUCAAGAUUCACGCUCAGCCCGUUAACAAGGCUGAGGGGAUUGAUUACGAGGCCAUAGUCAAACUUACUGACACCUUCAACGGUGCUGAUCUGCGGAACGUGGUCACUGAAGCUGGCAUGUUUGCUAUACGUGAUGAUCGUGAGUACGUCAUUCAAGAAGACCUCACGAAAGCAGCCCGCAAAGUUAGUGACGCAAAGAAGCACGAAAGUAAGUAG